CUUGCUACUCUUACACUCCGACCACUAAGAAACACAGAGGUCUGGAAAUGAAAUAUAUUUAGAACAUUAAACACCAGCACAAUUCUAGGUCAGACUCGGCUUUCCAUCGUUAACUUCUCUAUCGGCCGGAGAAUUCUAUAUAUAUCUAUCCAUAUAUUACUGGCAUGAAGGAAACAGCCCCAGACGAUCAUAUCGGAGCUGCUUCCGCCGGAGUAGCACCACCUCAGUAUCACUCUAACACCGAGCUCGCCGGAAAGGAGGAAAUGUCCGGCGCAGGUUACAGCAGUCCGCUCAGUCUCAGCGGAACUCUGAACAAAAGAACAGGCAGCAAGAGGAGCAACAAUGACGAACAAGAGCCUAACGUGGAGGUCACCCUCGACCUCCUCGACGACGACUCCGUCGCAGUCCGCAGCGUCAAGCCCCUGCCACGUGGCGGCGAUGAGGACAAGCACCACCACAACACAGUCGACGACUCGCUCACUCUGCUGGGCGGCGACAGUAAGGCACCCGAGAAGAGCAACGACCAGUCGUUCGUCCGUACGGCCUCCAUACGGAUCAAGAAGGAGCUGAAGAAGCUGGCGUCGUUCUCGAAGCAGCCGCAGCAACUGCGCCGUUUCGACCGGAUGCAGUCGGCGGCUGCUCCGGCCUUGAAGGGGCUAAAGUUCAUAAGCAAGACGGACGGGAAUGCGGAGUGGCCGGCGGUCGAGAAAAGGUUCGACAAGCUCACCGGCUCGACCAACGGGAUGCUGACACGUGCGGCGUUCGGGGAGUGCAUAGGGAUGAACAUAGACUGCAAGGAGUUCGCCGGAAAACUGUUCGAUGCUUUGGCCAGGAAGCAUGGUAUCAAAGGCGACUCGAUCAACAAGGAGGAGUUGAAGGAGAUGUGGGGACAAGUUUCUGAGCAGGGCUUCAAUUCCAGGCUUCAGAUUUUCUUUGACAUGGUUGACAAGGAUGGAGAUGGAAGAAUCACCGUAGAAGAGGUUAAGGAGAUUAUUAGCUUCAGUGCUUCUGCCAACAAACUAUCAAACAUCCAGAAACAAGCAGAUGAAUAUGCAGCAUUGAUCAUGGAAGAGUUGGAUCCGGACAAUCUUGGAUACAUCAUGAUAGAAAGUUUGGAGAUGCUCCUACUAUAUGGACCGCAGGAGACGGUGGUGCGAGGAAAAGAAAGCAGGAACCUGAGCAAAAUGAUGAGCCAGAAGCUCAAGCCGGUAAGGGAGGACAACCCUCUGAGGAGGUGGUAUAGGAGCACCAACUACUUUCUUGAAGACAAUUGGCAGAGAGUUUGGGUAAUGGCACUGUGGAUUGGGAUCAUAGCUGGUCUAUUUGCCUAUAAGUAUGUGCAGUAUAAAAACAGGGCUGCAUAUCAAGUAAUGGGUCAUUGUGUAUCCAUGGCCAAAGGUGCAGCUGAGACACUCAAGUUCAACAUGGCUCUUAUUCUGCUUCCAGUGUGCAGAAACACUAUCACUCUUCUGAGGAACAAGACCAAAUUGGGUGUUGCUAUUCCUUUUGAUGACAACCUCAAUUUCCAUAAGGUGAUAGCUAUUGGAAUUUCAGUAGGAGUUGGCAUACACUCAAUUUACCAUUUGGCCUGUGAUUUCCCUCGUCUCAUUAAAGCAGACAGUGACAAGUACGCCCCGAUGAAGCAAUUUUUUGGGGAACAACCUUCAAACUAUUGGUUUUUUCUGAAAUCAGUGGAAGGAGUAACUGGCAUUAUAAUGGUAGUGUUGAUGACAAUAGCCUUCACACUAGCAGCACCAUGUUUUAGAAGAGGUAGGCUCAAGAACCUGCCCCAACCUCUCAAGAGGCUCACAGGCUUCAAUGCCUUUUGGUACUCCCAUCACCUCUUCGUCAUUGUCUAUACUUUGCUCAUUGUCCAUGGAGAGUACCUGUACCUCACCAAGGAAUGGUACAAGAAAACGACUUGGAUGUACUUGGCCGUUCCGCUUCUCCUUUACGGAGGUGAAAGAUUGGUUCGGGCGUUUCGAUCUAGCAUCAAGCCUGUUAAGAUAGUUAAGGUUGCUCUAUAUCCUGGAAAUGUGUUGGCACUUCAUAUGUCAAAGCCUCAAGGCUUCAGAUACCAUAGUGGGCAAUACAUGUUUAUUAAUUGUGCUGCUGUCUCCCCAUUUGAAUGGCACCCAUUUUCCAUCACCUCGGCCCCAGGAGACGACCACCUCAGUGUUCAUAUCCGGACUCUUGGCGACUGGACGCAACAACUUAAAACAGUAUUUUCACAAGUAUGCCAACCACCUCCUUCUGGGAAGAGUGGACUCCUCAGAGCCGACUGUGUGCAAGGCAACGACUUAAACUUUCCAAGAGUGCUAAUAGAUGGACCCUAUGGAGCACCAGCUCAAGACUACAAGAAAUACGAAGUGGUGUUACUUGUAGGGUUGGGAAUAGGAGCAACCCCAAUGAUAAGCAUCCUCAAGGACAUAGUAAACAACAUCAAAGCCAUAGAGGAGGAAUCAGAGAAUGCCCUAGAAAGCGGCACGGCCGGUUCCGGAGCCCCAGUGAGCCUCCACGGCAACUUCAAGACCAAGAGGGCCUACUUCUAUUGGGUGACUCGAGAGCAAGGUUCGUUCGACUGGUUCAAAGGGGCCAUGAACGAGGUGGCGGAGCUGGACCAUAACAGAGUGAUAGAGUUCCACAACUAUUGCACUAGUGUUUAUGAGGAAGGUGAUGCACGUUCUGCUCUCAUUGCUAUGCUUCAGUCACUCAAUCAUGCCAAGAAUGGGGUCGAUAUUGUGUCGGGUACUAGGGUGAAGUCACAUUUUGCUAAGCCUAACUGGCGUGAGGUCUACAAGCGCAUUGCGCUGGAUCACACCAAUGCCAAAGUUGGGGUGUUCUACUGCGGGCCACCUGCUCUUACUGAAGAACUACGACAGCUAGCUCUGGAUUUCAACCACAAAACCUCCACCAGAUUUGAAUUCCAUAAAGAAAAUUUUUGAUAUGAACACAAAGGCCAGGACCAGAAUUAAAGAAAACCACAGCAAAGUCUUCGAGAGUCCCACCUUCGCUUUCUCAUGUCAUAUAUUUCACACAGAAAGAGAGAUUCUUGCUGCUGCUUUAUGUAAAUUAUAUAAGUACGCAUCGGUCGAUCUUUUUAUCUUAUCUAUCCCCGCUUUACUGUUAUGAAUAGAAGAUUAACACGUAUGCAAAGCUGGCAAAA